AUGCAAGAUGAAAGCAAAAGUCACCAGAACCACAACCACACAUACUUGGUUUUACACAAGGUGAACUGGUGGCACAAGGGUAGAUGUAAGUUGUUGUCUUACUACAACAGUGAUAACAAUAAGUUCUUGGUAUGUGAGUAUAUUACCAAUGGGAGCUUGAUUGAUACAUUGAAUGGCAAGAAAAGCUUGUUAGUUUGGCAUUUAAAAUCUAGAUCAUCCAUUAUUAUUGAUGUUGUUAUGGAACUUACUUAUUUACAUCAUUGUUGUAUUGUAUCUAUUGUUCCUAAGCACAUAAGUUCUAACAAAGUUCUUAGUGGAGGGUUUGAGGAAAAAGUAACAAAUAUUGGAGUUUCCAAAACGGUUACCUUUGCAAGCAAAUGGAUAGAAAUCAUGUAUAUGACUAUGGGAUCUUGUGGCUAUGUUGCACUGCUAUGGAGGAAAGAGCAAAAGUACAAUCCUUAUCGGAAUUUGAAGAUAUGCACAACAACUUGGAUCUCCAUGUUCAAGCAAUGA